GCGGGGCCCCGGGUCCCUGCUCAGCGGCGAGGGCAGGUCGGGGGGGACGCGAGCGCCCGGGCCGGCCCGGCCCGCAGGCGGCAGCGGGCGCGCCUGCGCUCCGCCGCGCCGCCCGGGGAGGCGGAGGCGGCCGAGGGGGGCCUGGGGCUCGGUGACAGGCGGGGCGGGAGCGCCGGGCCCGGCUGGCUCCCCGGCUCGGCCGCCCCCCCGCGCCCGCCCGCACGAUCGGCAGCAACCCCCCGGAGCUCUGUCACCGGCGUCGGCGGCGCGGAGAGAGGAGGAUGCGGGCGGCGGAGCGGCGGCGGCGGCGGGCGGCGCUCCCCCGCGGCGGGCGGGCUGGCCGCGGGGCCCCGGCGGGCGGCUGCUGAGCGCGGCGCCGCGGGCAUGCGGCGGCGGGGAGCGGGAGCCGCCGGCAACGGGGGCGGCCCGGCGGGCGGGCGGCCCCUUGAGCGAGACAGAGGGAGGAUGGAGUCACAAAGGACUUGGGCUGACACGUGCGGCGGGGCGGCCGGCGGCCGCGGCUAGGGCCACCCCCCUCCCCUCCCUCCUCCCCUCCCCGCUAUGCUGCGCUCCCGCCGGGCCCCUCAGCGCGCUCGACGCACGGCGGCGAUGGAGCCGGCCGGGCUCCUCUGAGGCCGCGGCCGGACCCAGCAUGGCCUCUGCGCGGACCCCGGCGCCGCGGCGCCCCGGGGCGGAGCGGCCGGCGGCGGCGGGGGGCCGGGCGGAGGCGCCGCGCUGCCGCAGCCUGCCCGCGCUCGGCGGGGCGGCGCCGCGGGGCCGCGGGGCCGCGCUCGGCUCCCCCCUGGCGGCCGGGGGGGGCGGCGGCGGCGGCGCCCCGCCGAGCCCCGCUGCGGGACCGGCUCCCGGGGCCGCGCGGGGCGGAGGCGCCGCCGCCGGGGCUGCCCAGCCUGCUGAGGCCGCCGCCGGCGCCGGCGGGAGCUUCCCCUGGGGGCCGGAGCGCGGGCAGCCCGCGGCGCCCGGCCGGGGGGUGUCCCCGGUCCCGCCGCCGCCGCUGCUGGCGGGCCCCCCGGGCAGAGCGUGCCUGCGGGCCGUGCUGGCGGACUCGCGCUUCUUCCUGGUGUGCAUGUGCUUCCUGACCUUCAUCCAGUCCCUCAUGGUCUCCGGCUACCUGAGCAGCGUCAUCACCACCAUCGAGCGGAGAUACAGCCUCAAGAGCUCGGAGUCGGGGCUGCUGGUCAGCUGCUUCGACAUCGGGAGCCUGGUGGUGGUGGUCUUCAUCAGCUACUUCGGGGGGCGCGGACGGAGGCCGCUCUGGCUGGCUGUAGGGGGGUUUUUCAUCGCCCUGGGGGCCGCACUCUUCUCCUUACCUCAUUUCAUCUCUCCGCCGUACCAGAUCCAGGAAUUGAACUCCUCCGUCAGUAACGAGGGCUUGUGCGUGACUGGCAAUGGCACCGCCAAAGAGCAGUGGGACUCGCCGGCCUGUGUCAAGGACUCCGUCGGGAACGACCACUCUCUCUAUGUAGCUUUAUUCAUUUGUGCCCAAAUUCUUAUUGGCAUGGGCUCGACACCCAUCUAUACCUUGGGACCAACGUACUUAGAUGACAAUGUCAAGAAGGAAAACGCCUCGCUUUACCUAGCCAUCAUGUACGUAAUGGGAGCACUCGGUCCUGCAGCUGGAUACUUGCUAGGAGGACUUCUUAUUGGUUUCUAUGUUGAUCCUAGGACAACCGUUUAUAUUGACCAGAGUGAUCCCCGAUUCAUUGGAAACUGGUGGAGUGGAUUUCUCCUUUGUGCCAUUGCAAUGCUCCUUGUGAUAUUUCCCAUGUUUACCUUUCCGAAAAAGCUCCCUCCUCGACAUAAAAAAAAGAAAAAGAAGAUGAACUCUGAUGAUGUUUCAAGUGAUGAUGAAGUGAUGAAAGAGAAAACAAAUAGCAAAAUACAAGCAGACAGUGCAGUUCCUGCCUCUAUGGGAUUUGGAAAGAAUGUUAAAGAGCUUCCAAGAGCAGCUGUCAGGAUCUUAAGCAACAUGACAUUCCUUUUUGUGAGUUUGUCAUACACAGCUGAGAGUGCCAUUGUCACAGCUUUUAUUACCUUCAUUCCCAAGUUCAUCGAGUCUCAGUUUGGCAUCCCAGCUUCCAAUGCCAGCAUCUACACUGGUGUGAUUAUUGUCCCAAGUGCUGGUGUUGGUAUUGUCCUAGGCGGCUACAUUAUAAAAAAACUGAAACUUGGUGCAAGAGAGUCUGCAAAGUUGGCUAUGAUCUGCAGUGGUGUAUCUCUGCUGUGCUUUUCAACUCUCUUCAUUGUGGGAUGUGAAAGCAUUAAUCUAGGGGGAAUAAAUAUACCUUACACAACUGGUCCCACUCUUGCCAUGGCCCACAGGAAUCUGACUGGGAGCUGUAAUGUUAACUGUGGAUGUAAGAUUCAUGAGUACGAGCCUGUCUGUGGAUCAGAUGGAAUAACAUAUUUUAAUCCUUGCCUAGCUGGCUGCAUCAAUGGUGGAAACCAUAGCACAGGGGUAAGAAAUUACACAGAAUGUGCCUGUGUCCAGAGUCGUCAGGUGAUCACUCCGCCGACGGUGGGCCAGCGCAGUCAGCUCCGGCUGGUUAUUGUCAAAACCUACCUGAAUGAGAAUGGCUAUGCCGUUUCUGGGAAGUGUGAUCGAACCUGCAACACGCUUAUCCCCUUCCUGAUAUUUCUUUUCAUUGUUACCCUUAUAACAGCGUGUGCCCAGCCGUCAGCAAUCAUAGUGACACUCAGGUCUGUGGAAGAUGGGGAGCGGCCCUUUGCACUAGGAAUGCAGUUUGUUUUAUUACGAACUCUCGCUUACAUUCCCACUCCAAUUUAUUUUGGAGCUGUUAUUGACACCACGUGCAUGCUUUGGCAACAGGAUUGCGGCGUACAAGGAUCUUGUUGGGAAUACGAUGUCACCUCGUUUCGUUUUGUCUACUUUGGGUUAGCAGCUGCUCUCAAGUUCGUGGGAUUCUUCUUUAUUUUCCUGGCCUGGUAUUCCAUUAAGUGUAAAGAAGAGCAACUGCAGAGACGGAGAUGGAGGGCUUCGCCGGUGAACACUGUGAGUGAGAUGGUUGGCCAAGCUGGACCCCAACAAAACUAUGCACGGACUAGAUCCUGCCCUACUUUCAGUUCCCGAGGAGACAUCAGUGUGGCACAAGGAAUGAACUGCAUAGCACAGACAUACCCUGGCCCUUUUUCAGAAGCAAUAAAUUCUUCAAAUGAAAAUGUGUUGGAAGAAGUCACUGCUGAGAUAUAGACCCCUGGCUUGGUAAUGUAAUAUUUAGUUUUGUUGGUUGACCUAAUUAUGGCGCCUUGUAAAACACCUGUGCCUUCUAUUUUUAAUCUAAAUGUAACAUGUGAUAAAACCAACAAAGCUUAAUGCAAACAACCACAGUAUGUUCCUGAGGGCUGGAUACCUCAAACCAACCCAAAUUCUUCUUUCUCCUCUCCCAACAAUGAAGUUUUAAAAAUUGUGUUUGUAAUUAUUUCAGAUGUGUCCAUUAAACGUCCAUGCUCUGAUCUAAUAUCAAUGUAAGGGUGAGGUAUUAUGAACAGCAGGAGAGUGACAAAAACUCGUAUCGUUGAUGUCUAGAUGUCACAAAAAUGCUUAAAUGUAUCGUCAACUUCAUAUCUGCAAAUCGUAUUUUUAAGAGAUGAGUAAUUACUGUGAGUUCUGCUACAAAGCACAACCAAACUUGUUUAAACUAUGCAACUUAUUUGGAUAAUUGUUUGUGCAGCAAACAAUUAAAAUUUUAAAGGUUUAAAGUUUGCUUUUAAAGACAUUACUUCAACUGAAUUUGAAAGGGGCUAUUUUCAGACUUAAGCAUUAAUUUAAAAAAAGAACAUAAGGUUUAAAGUACUGUUAAUAACAUGUUAAGCCAUACAAAAGUUAUGCAUCAGGUAACAUUUGCAAAUGUUGAGUUGUAAUAUCUUUAUCCUGUCAAAAUGUGCAUUAAUUUUCAUUUGAUGGGAUAUAGUCAUUCCUCACAAAGUCUAGGAAAGUAUAAUGCUUGGAGUAAAAAACUUCAGUAUUAAUGUAUAAUAACAUAUAAGGUGUAGGAAUCAUACAUACGUACCAGAGCAGAUACGUUCAUAUUUCUGUAAUGUUGUUUGGGUAGCUGUUACUAGCGCCAAAUCUGUACUUUUCCUGAAGAAGAAAAUGACCAGUUAUAGCUUGAUAGGAAGAGCUUGGCUGUCCUUCAGAAAUGUGUGCCAGUCUACUUCAGCUUCAGUGAAAAAAUCUCAAGGGAGAGCUAAUGGCCUCCUUUUCUUUCUGAGUGGCCGCCUGGGACUUGGUGGGCCCAUUGCAGCCAGCAGCGUGUGGGGCUGGGGCUGGGGCCAUGCACUGCAUGGUGCAGGAGUGAGCAGAGAGACCCUUCAAGUGGGCUGCAAGCAGCCCGCCCACCAUGUGGCCUGCUACAAGGCUCUCCGCUCCACUCCUGGCACCGCUGGGAUGCUGCGCUCCCUGCCGCUGAGGACAGCUGGGGAGGGCACGCUGGCUGCUCCCUCUCAUUUCUGCUCCGCUUCUGCCCCUCCUGCGGCCCAGUGCUGGGCAGUAUGGAGGGACAUGCCUGGAGGUCCUGGUUGUAUGAAUUGUCUCACACGUGGCCACCUUUCCUUUUCUCAGCUUCUAUGAAAGCUUCUAUGAAGGCAAAGGGCAAGUUGUCUCUCCUUUGCCCUUCCAGGGAAAGAGCUAAGAAUAGAAAUUGCCUGCAAGCGUGGACCCACAGGACAUGAUGUGGCCUUUGCUUAUUCCAAAUUACCGUAGUGUGUUUUCUCCCCAGGAGAUGCUGAGACUUUCUAAUCAAAUGUACUUGGCAUUUCAUUUCUUGCUCUGAAGGCUUUGUAGUGCCAUGCUUAUGAUGUACUGAUGUCUCAAAGGGCAGAGAAUGAUUUCAGGUGGACGCUAGGAAGUCAAAGCUGUAUUUUUGCCCUGCAGGGAAAGUCUUAGAAGUUUAGGAAAUUAAAAGCACUCUUAAAAGAGGACUCAGUGAUAGUCAGGUUUGGAUUUUGCCACGUAGAGAGCUUGCAUGAAAAUAAAUAGGAAAGAGCAGAAUGUCUACAUAUUUUUGAACAGAAUUAUUCCUGGUUUAGUUUUAAUUUAUAAUUGUAAGUUGAUCACACAUAUGGAACCAAGUCCUUGAAAUUAAAGGCAGUACUCUCCUUAGCAUCCAUUGAGUUGCCCUGGGAAGAGUAGAUUUCCCUCUCCUCCUUUGUCAGCUGCCUUUCUUUGUUUCCUGGCUCCUCUUGACCAGCACGUGGGACUACCCACGGGGCUGUUCCCUUGCUUGAAGUGGUGGCUGCUUGUUUCAGAAUGUCUCAGUCCAUUUUUGUGGCUUGUAACAAUUCCUGCUGUCUGGCUGCAAACUCAGAUGCUUCUAGUCCCAAUUACAACAUAGAGUAAUAUUGUUUUAAUUACCUCCUGAUAUUCUGUACAUAUUAGUAGCUUUUUGGGGUCAAGCCUGAGAAUAUUUUUUUCUCUUAUGCAGUCACCAGAUACAAUAUGUCCUCAGUCAGCAUCUGCCACGUAAGGUGUUAGCUUCUACACUUUUUAUCCUGAGAAAUGAAUUUCCUUGGCUCAAAGGUAUUUGGUAUUUUUUUUUUUUUUUUUUUGCUAUAGAAGAUCAGAAUAGAUGGUAGAAAAGUUUCCUUUUGCUCCAGUCUCAAAUGCCUCUUGCACCAGGGAUUUCCUGCUAUGGCAGAAAUUAAGGCAAAGUAGCAGGACAAAAUGUAAUUGCAGCCUAUCACCCAUCCAUUUUACUCACUAGCCCAUUUAAAUUGUCAUGGGGUGAGAUGAAGAGUAACAAUCUUUUCAAAUACCUCAGAAACAGAGCAUUUAGGGAAUUGUAAAAGGCUGAAGAUGAAUCAUCUAUCCUGAUCUAUUCUAUUUCAUGCCUUGUGUGCUCCUGUUCCAUGUGAGAAACAAGGGAGAACAGAGUAGGCUUGUAGGACUGUCAGGAGUUGACACUGAUGGCAAAGAAUGAGAGUGAUAGAAGUGACACAUCUGCAACUGCUGCUGCUUCUGAGCUGAUUUCAAGGGAAUUCAGAGCUUGUUAGAAUGGAGACCACCUGGUUUUUAGGAAAUCCUGACACUUCAACUUCCAAAAAUAUUUGUUUUUUUGAAAUCUUUGGGAAACUGGAAUCUAGCAGGAAAGAUGUUCACUUAGGAAAUACUGAAAAAGCUUUGUUUACAUACUUUCAAUAGCCUUUUAAUUUUCCUUUCAAAUUUAUAUGCAAAGCAAAAAAUAAUUGAUUACUUUUCAAACAAUUUUGUUAGGAUUUUCGGCUAUAGAUAAUGUUGACAAGAUGAAUAUAUUUCUACAAAAUCACUUAAUUAUAUCAGCAUCCUCUGAAAGAAAGAAAACCCAAACUCUGGCCAGUUUUUGAUUGAUUCCUAAAGGAGGUUUUAUUGUGAGUAAGCUUUAACAGGCCAAACUAAGCCAAUAAAGGUAUGCAGGGGAAACACAUCAACUUCCUGGAGAAGUCAAUUUCAACACUGUCAACAUUGAAUGAAAUAUGGACUGAGACCUGCUGAACAAACACUGUUCUGAAGUUUUUAUUGCUGAAGGAAGCAGACUUGCCAGAGAAAUUGUGUGCAUCCCUAGCAGUAGUCGUGAUCGAACUCGCAAGAAGAAAAAAGGAACUUUUAUCACCCAGUGAAGGUGGCCAUACUGUCUUCCUGCUGUGAAAUCCUCUGACCAUAAAAGAUAAAAUUCCAUUAACUAGUAAUUUCUGUCACCUUCCCUCUCUACCCCAAAACACUAAAGUCCAGCGAGUACAAGAAAAGGUAAAGCAGGCAUCCUGCUCGCCCACAGGCUACUAUUGGUAGGAAACUCAAGUCAUCUACCCGCAGCUGACAAGCCAGGGAUAAUAAUCAAAACCCGGCAAUUAACUACAAGUCCACAAAGCGCCAUCAUGCCAUCGCAAGGACAGACUAAUUUCCUCUUACACCAGUUAUUCCUGAUUUAGAGUGAGGGUCAUGAGGGGAGAAGUAGCUCAAACAUACAGAAUUGACUGAACAGGUAAUUGUACCUGCUUAGCCUCCCACCCAUCCUUGUUUCCUCAAAAAGGGGAACACUUCAGAAAGGGUGUAGCCAUGGCCUUCGGUCCUUAUGAACGCAGCACCCUCAGGAUGGUCUAUAGAUCUUUUGGGGGCUGGAAUACAUGGAGAGUGGGACUCUGUACCUCCACUUCUAGGCAAAAGCCCUGUGGUUUGGGUCCCCCUUCUUCCUCAUGAGCAUUCUGGAUAUAGUAUGGUAUAAUUUGGAACUGGUGGCUUUUUAUAUACUUUCAGUACAGUGUGAACAGCUGCAAGAAACAUGUUGAAUAUUAUGGUGCCAUUUAUAUUUAAUUGGCAUAUAUUUCAUAAUUUAAUAUUUCAGUUCUUUGACCAGCUGUUGUAUCUUUAAAAGUGCAUGCAUUAACAUGCAGUUCAUCAGAACUUGCUGUUCUGUAAGUGAAGGAGAGACAUACAUCUACUCCUAGGUAAUAGAAAUCUAAGUCUGAAAGGCCCUAAAUCAGUUACAAACACUUGACUGUUCUCAAAAAGAUGUUUUCUGUUUUUUAAAUAUAGCUUAUUAGUUCAUAGCAUUAACUAUUCAUUCAUUAUGGCUGUGAUCCAGCAGAACACUUAAAUAUGUGGGUAAGUUUAUAUACUUAAAUAAUGCACUGAAAAAUAAUGCAUGCAUGUAAGUAUUGGACUGAAUCUCAUCUGCAUUCAAAAAGGAGUUCCUUUACCCAAAAAGUAAUUUCCAUGAUGAGCUCUUUUCCCCAUGGAUUUGGUGAUCACUGUAACCAGAAUAGCACGAAGUAGCACUUGAGUACUCCCCUGUGGCAUCCACAUGUGGCUGCUUAAUAUAUGUGACAAUGGAGUACAGUUUUUAUUUUCAAAUAGAAUCCAAAAUCAAAAUAUUUUGUGGACAUACUCAAAGAUAAAUUCUAGCUUUUCCUGCCAUUCACUUACUUUAUUAAUUUCUGGCUGGGAAAAAAAAAAAAACCAAACAUUACAUGGGGAGAGAGAUUACAUAAAGGCAUCUUUCUGACCUUAAAGCCAAUGAAAUUGCUCAAGUAAUGCUGUAGGUUCAGACUGUACCCUUUCACCGAAUUUGGACCUAGAGGUUCAGGUGACAGAUUUUCAGUAUCGUGCACAAAUGGAGCAGGGCACUGCCCGCUCUGUGUAACUCCAGACAGCAUGACUGGGAGACAGGUCAGCACCUUCUGUACUGUUCUUGCGGGUUUUCCCCUCAAAUGCCUGAAUUAUUGCUGCCUUACUACACUUUCUGCAUGUGUAAUACCACAGCUCUUUGUGCUGUUAUAUUGACAUAAAACUGAAUGAUAGAUAGGUCCAAAGUGUCUUACUGCUAUUUUGGAGCCAGAUUCUCAGCCUCAUCGGUCUGAUGAUGAGGCUGAAGAACUGGGCCAGUACCUUGGGCUGGAUGUUAACAAGCUGGCGCUUUAGCAAGCAUGUGUGAACUAAGCGAUAUCAGGUGCUUGUUUAGCUUUUAUAAUCUGUUCACUGGUUACUACCACUGUUUUUGGAGGUCAAAGACAAAAUAUUUCCUAAACAAGUUUAUCUUUUUCUGUUUUCUCAAUAACGUGUCUUUUAUAUGGCAUAGGAGAUGCCAUGCUUCAUGCUGCAGUGUCUGGGUUCCCCCAGCUGAAGCCAUCCAGCUGUGGUUGCUUUCCAGCGGCUUAAAACAACUGGUAACAGAGAUUUACCUGGACUGCAAUCUGAAUCAGCAUUGCUUUGGGCAGAGUGUUUGCCCCUUGUAGGUUAAACUUGUAUCAACACAUUUCAGGUUCUUCACACAUUGGACUUUUUAUAGACAUUUUUAUCCUUUGGAGUGCUUAGAAGAUGGAGAGUCAACAUUGUGGAAAGGAUUCUUUCUUUGGUAUAGAAUUAGGGUCUUCUGCUUGUCUUUUAAUAUCAUGUUUUACAAAUUAACAGUUCAAAAAGGUUACAUGUAAACAUUGUUGCAGAGCAGAGAUACGGAGCCCUCAGUGUGGGGACUAGGUAUGGCCAGGGUUCAUAUGAUUUGUCUUCUUUACAGUGAAUAUCACGAAUGCAUGUUAUUAUGUGCCCGAAGGUUUGAAAGCCUACCUGAUCCUCAGGAAGGAAAUCUUCCCUAUCCUUUCCACGGAAUAGACUACAUAAAUUAAGGAGGACAGUUAACACUGUGCAUAUUCCAUAGUCAUAUCCAUUACAUUAACUACAGUUAAUAACUGUAGGUUUUAGCAACCUCCCUUCCAGUCUUUCAGAUCAGCUGUUUUCUUUUGACAAUACAGCCUUUUAAACACAGGCAUAGCUCUGCAAGUUCCACGUAGCUCCAAACCUUUCUUGGUUUCAAGUGUUGUGAAAUAGAUGCUUUUUUAUUCAGGUUCCAUUCUACUCUUCUAAUUAUUACAUUAUCCGUUGUGUGCACUGUAUUUUCUUGUUUUUUUCUGUCUCAAACCAGUUGUCACAAUGUUAUCCUGUAACAAUAUAUUGUUCAUGGUAUAGAAUAGAUGAAAAGCUGUGGAAUUCAUGAAGGGCUACAAAAAGCAUCCAAAACUUUGGUCACCUCAAGGAAGAGUGAGACAGCUGGAUAAUCUUUGGACAAAUGACUAAACAACACUGUGGUGCUAGUAGGUACUGAAGUAUUUUAUGAUGUGUUCACUAUGGCUUAAAUGACAUAUUCAAGGCAUGUCAAUGAUGCGACUGCACGUGUUUUUGUUCUUAAAGUCUGGACUGCUCCAGCAAAGACAGUGUUUAUAAUUCCUGGUGGGCCAAUUCCUACCUAGCUCUUCUGUGGGAAAGUACAUUCAGGAGGCAGUAUAGGAUCUGGCCCAGCGCUAACAGCUAAGGUAAAAGCUAUACAGACCACAGAAAUCUCAUGUGGGAUGUAUUCAUCCUGCUGUAACGUGUUAGUUUAUUUAGUGGCUUUGCUUAAGCAGAGGCUGAAAAUAAAUUCUAUAGUAAUGACAAGAAACACUGGGCUAAAUUCUGGGACUCCGUAGCCAAGCAGCAUUGGUAAAGCAUUUGAAGUAAAUUAAGGAUUGAGAUCUGAAAUAUUAAUGUUCUUCCAUGGAAUACCAGGAAAAGAGGAGUAGAAUAAGAGCAAAUUCUACCUCUAGCAAUGGAAAAAGGCCAAAUCUGGUACACUUUAAAGUGAGCUACGGUUUAAAACAGAAGGGUUUGGUUUUAAAAUCUUGAAGACAAAAUUUUUCCCUUCCAUUUUGAAUUCUUAAAGGUAAUUAUUUUGUGUUACUGUGCCUGGGCUGCUCAUGCAGUGGAGGCAUCUAUAUCCUAAAUAGCACUAAGAGGUACACCUCCAGCUUAUAGGUCAGAAAUGUUACCUCUGUAACAAACUCCGUAUUUGAAACCGUGGAGGGAAAUUUCAAAACAAAAAAAAUAAUAUACUAAAUCAUUUGUAACUGAGUUUUGGUACAAAAAAAACCCCAAAUAAUUUGGAGCUAAUGAGAUCCAUGGUUGAGUGAAGGCCUUUCUCACAGAAGACCCAUGUUUUUCCCCAGUUGAGCAAACAGGAGUUUUGCCCUUGGCUGCAGCGCAUACCUCUACCAAAUAAUUUAGGCAGAACAGCAACAGUCCGGGUAGUAUGUUAGGAGCAUGGAGUGGGCACACUGCCUGUAAUUGUUUAGUUUUUAAAAAACUCAUUAUUAAGCAAAUGUGUAGAGUAUUAAGGAAAGUUGUAGAGUAUGUCUGACUGUAUGAGUGUGUGGGUGCUGUGCUGUGGUAAAAAGAGACUAAUUGGUUUAUGCAGUUUGUUUUGCAUACUUGAGGCUCCUGUGUGGGGUUUUUCAAUUGAUAUUUAUUUCUCAGCAGAGCUUAGAAUAAUUUUGAAGCUGUGUAACACAUCAUUUAAUGAAAUCUAUUGUCAGCAUCUGUUGUAAACAUGUGUUUACAAAACAAACUCUUGAAUACUUGAUAUUUGGAAAUAAAAAAUAGCAUAUUA